UUCUGAUCCGUUUCCCUCUACGAACACUUGAUGUUCGCUCUAUUGACCCAGAGACACAAACAAUGGCUCUUGCUUCUCUCUCCCCCUUUCUCUCUCCUCUCUCCUCUCUAUCUCUCUCUCAUCAAGCCCUCAAACAGUCUCCACCACCACCAUCCUCUCUCUUCCUCUUUGUAACCCGAAACCCGUUUUUUUCUUCGCCGUCCUCAUCAACUGCCCGUCACUCAAUACCCAAUUCUAAUAACAACGACAGCGUGAGCUCAGAGAGCUCUUCAUCGAGCUUUCUUAAUGAGGAGUUGUUGAGAAGGGUCUCCGCUGCUAAGGAUGCAGAUCAAGCUUUCGAUAUGGUUGUGGAAGCCAAUGGGGGAGUUGUUGGUGGUGAGAUCGGCAAUGAGGAUUGCCGGGCGAUCAUUGCGGCUGCCAUUGAUCGCGGGAAUGUAGAACUCGGGUUGUCGGUUUUUCAUGCUAUGAGAGCUGCGCUAGGGCAAGGCAUGAGUGAAAAGAUCUCAGAUCUUGAUAGAUGGAGUUGGGCUAGGCCGGAUGUGCGUACAUGUUCUCUACUUGUUCAGGGGCUGGCAGCAUCUUUGCGAGUUUCAGAUGCAAUCAUGAUAAUUACUUAUGUUUCUCGAGUGGGCAUCUCUUUAGGGGCGGAGGUGCCAUUUGGGAUGAUUGUUAGAUGUCCUAUCUGUUCAAUAGCGGUUGCUGUUGCGCAGCCUCAACAAGGCAUUCAAGUUGCUUCUUGCUCCAAGUGCCGCUAUCAGUAUCAGCUUGUAUCUGGAGAUGUCAUGAGCAUUGAUUCAGAAGUGAUUAGCAUGGAUAAUUCAGCAUGGAGAAGGGCUAUGACAUUUCUAAAGAUUUCAAAAGGGGAUAACCCUGCUGCUCUGCACUCCAUUGUGGUCCGCACUCCUUCUGGAGUUGCUUCUACCCAUAAAUUUGCUACUGAGACUGUAGAGCUUCCUGCUCAAGAAGGUGAAAGGGUGACAAUUUCAUUAGCUGCUCCAUCAGAUAUUUUUCGAGGCACUGCAGGUCUAAUAAAAUUGAUCCCAAGGGCUCCAGGGAUGAGCCCAGGGGAACCCAUGUGUCUCACAAAUCACAGUAGUGGGCAGGUUUCUCAAGUGCUUCGAGCUCCCGCCAAGGAUGAGCGUUCCUUUUUAUUCAAUCCAUCCAUCCUUUUUCCCGCUCUUACUUUACUAGCUACAGGAGAUGCUGCAUCUGGAAUUAUUGAUCCCACUCUUCCCAGACUUAUUUCAAUAGUUGCUGUUGCGUCAGUUGCUCUUGAAGCCGCUGUGAAUAGGAUCAUUCUCCCAGAACUGAGAAAGCUUCCACAGAGAACAGUGGAUGUAGUUGCUCUAAAGCAGCAGCUGUUAUCACAAUACGACCUGCUGCAAACCUGUAUCAAGGACCUUAGACAAGCUGCUGAAAAAGAGGUUUGGAUGUUGGCUCGAAUGUACCAAUUGGAGAACAAAAUCGUGGCUGUAGGAGAACCAUCCUAUCGAGCUAGAAGAGCUCGAGUCAAAAGGGUCCGAGAAAGCUUGGAAAAUUCACUUUUGUCAAGGAUUGAGCUUAUUGAAAGCUAUGCAAAGAUAUCCUCAAUGAUAGAAAUUGAAGUGGAAAUGGAUUCUGAUGUCCUAGCUGCUGAAGCAGUCAGUAAUGCUGAAAGCAUAGCAGAACAAAUACAGCAGAUGAUGGAAAUAGAAAACCUUCAGGAGAGAUGGCGUAUACAAGCUGAGGCUAAUGAUGAAGUGGAAAGGCUUCUCAAUUCCCAGCCAAUGUCUAGUGAACUUGUUUGAACUUCUAAAAGCCUAAAGUUAUGUAAUGUUCAGAGCAAGGAGACACUUACUGUCGAUGUAUAGAAUACCAUAGAAGUCUACGAGCAAGGGAGCAAGGGAGCAAGAGUUAGCAACCAGAAAUAUAGUUGUAAAUUCAUGAGAUCGUGAACUAGUAUUUGAUAGUAUUUCUUGAUGGAGACUGACACAGUAAGUUUUUGUGUGAUUUUAUGUAUGUUUAUGUAUAUUUAUGUUUACGAUUAUUUUUCUGUGACAUGUUUUGUAUCAAUUUACCAUUGUUUAUGCAUAUUUCUUGCCUAUUAUUGUCCA